GUGGUAUUUCUUUAUCUUGUAGGUUUGAAAGAGUAGGAGGAAUAUAAGACGCUAAAGUGUGCCGAAGUGACCUCUCUAUGAAAUUCGCAAAUGUUGCAAUCGUUCAGGCACUAAUAUCUUGUGUUGUGAUUCUCUAAAUGGAUAUUUUGACGGUUCCGUUUAUAUUGCUUCAAAUACUGUCAUAUGUGUUAUGGAUUGAAGCAUCCCCUCUUUUACCACAAAACAAAGAUAGCAUUGUCCUGGACUAUUCAAACUAUAAUAGCUUUCAACCUAAUGGUCAAGGUACUUAUUCCUUUGGUUACGAAAUUGAAGAUCCAGAUACGCAAAAUAUUCAGUUCAGAGAUGAAGAAAGGAAAGCCGAUGGUACAAUAAUUGGAAGCUAUGGUUGGGUAAAACCUGAUGGUAAUAUUAUUAUGGUUAGAGCCAGCGUCGAGGGAUCCGAAGGUGAAUCUAAACGAUAUGGAGAAAUAGAACCUAACGAUCUUGACUUUCCGAAAGAGAAUCCUAUUCUAGAGCAUGCCAUAGAAUCUCUAAAGUACAUGAAUCGUCCAUCUACUCACGAGAAACACUUAAGACCAAUAGAUCAAAAUUUUAACUUCCAGGAAAUCAACAGUCAUAAUGGAGAGUCCGAAUAUUUAUAUGACCCAAACUUUUUACUACCAAAAGGAUAUGUAGAAGAUUAUAUUGAGCCUAAAAGGAUAUUUUUUUCCUAUUAGCACAUAAUAUCGAACUGAACAUUAAAAUUAGUUUUAAUAGUUGUAUAUAAAAUAUGUUGAACACUGCUUUUAAUUUAUUUUUUGCUAUUCUGUUAAAAUUAAAUUAGUUAUAGAGAUAAUUAUAUUUUAUACAAUUU